UUCUCAAAGAAGUACUCAUUUUGGUCAUUUGGUUGAGAGCCGGAAAAGUCAAGACCGUACGAUUCGUUGUAAAACUUGAUGGCAUCACUUAAAACAUGCUGAAUGUCAUCAUCUCUCAACCCCAUCUCUUCCUUGAAGAAGGUUUGAUCUGGAUCACUGAUGAGACUUUGGGGGCCAACAGUCUGGUCUCUCACUCCAACAAACAUGGCAGUGAAAUCGACACAAGAGUGUGCAGGAUCACAGAGAUAGACAGGAAAUUGCAGGCUGAAUGCUGCAACUAGAAGAAGGCAUAUCCGGAAACUCAUUAUUUCCCUCUAUAUACCUGCAGAUAAUCAACCUGAAGCACAACAGAAGAAAGGUUGUUAAAAGUCUUGUACCGCGGAGCCUGUCAAGACCGAAGAACUUGACUACUUUUAUAUCUACUCCCCUUGCUUCUGAAACCUCAGAAAAGCAACCACUUCACUAGUUUGGCCUUUGGCU